AUGGAUAUCAACGAGUACAGAAAACAGGCCAAAAAGGCUGUUGACGAGAUCGCCGACUACUAUGAAUCGAUCCCGUCCCGUCCCGUCCUCGCCGACGUCUCCCCCGGCUACCUCCGUCCGCUGCUCCCCGACGCCGCGCCGCUGCAGGGCGAGCCGAUGGACUCCAUCGCCGCCGACAUCCAGUCCAAGAUCAUGCCGGGCAUCACGCACUGGGCGCACCCGGGCUUCAUGGCCUUUUUCCCCUGCACGGCCUCGCACCCGGCCAACAUUGCCGAGAUGUGGUCCAACGCCUUCAACGGCGCGCACUUCAACUGGAUCUGCUCCCCGGCCGUCACCGAGCUCGAGACCAUUGUCAUGGACUGGCUGGCCAAGGCCCUCGCCCUGCCCGAGUGCUACCUGAGCGGCGGGCCGACGCACGGCGGCGGCGUGCUGCACGGCAGCGCCUCCGAGGCCAUCCUGACCGUCAUGGUCGCCGCCAGGGACAAGUACCUCGCCAAGGUCACGGCGCACCUGCCCGACGGCGAGGAUAAGGAGGAGCAGCUCUGGAGGCACAGGAGCAGGCUGGUCGCGCUGGGCAGCGCGGGCGCGCACUCGAGCACGAAAAAGGCGGCGCAGGUGCUCGGGGUGCGCUUCGACACGGUGCCGGUCGACGAGGAGAGCGCGUACGCCAUGACGGGCGAGGCCUUGAAGUCGAAGCUCGCGCAGCUCCGCGCCAAGGGCCUCGAGCCAUUCUACCUCACGGCCACGCUCGGAACGACCGAUGUCUGCGCCGUCGAUGACUUUGCCAGUAUUGCGGCGACGCUGGCCGCAGACAGGCCCAAGGCCAAUGGCACCACCACCAAUGGCACCACCACCAAUGGCACCACCACCAACGGCACCGCCGCAACCAACGGCGAUGCUGCCGUGGCCGCGCCCGGCGAAGUCUGGGUGCACGUCGACGCCGCCUUUGCCGGCUCCGCGCUCGUGCUCGAAGAGUACCAGCAUCUCACCGCGUCCUUUGCGCACUUCCACUCCUUCAACUUCAACCCGCACAAGUGGCUGCUCACCACGUUCGACUGCUCCGCCGUGUGGGUGCGCUCGCGCGCCGACCUCAUCACCGCGCUGAGCAUCAAGCCCGCAUACCUGCGCAACGAGUUUAGCGACUCGGACCUCGUCACCGACUACCGCGACUGGCAGAUCCCGCUGGGCCGCCGCUUCCGCUCGCUGAAGCUGUGGUUCGUCCUCCGCAGCUACGGCGUCGAGGGCCUGCGCGCGCACGUCCGCCGCGGCAUCGAGCUCGGCCAGUCGCUCGACGCCAAGCUCGCGGCCCGGCCCGACCUCUUUACGCUGUUUACGCGCGCGCGCUUCGCCCUCGUCUCGUUUCGCGUCGUCGGCGCCACCGAGGACGAGCGCAACGCCCGCACCGAGAGGCUCUACGAGACGCUCAACGCGUCCGGCCGUGUCUACCUGACGAGCACCGUCGUCAACGGCACGUUUGCGAUUCGCGUGUCGACGAGCACGGCGGCGGUCCAAGAAGAGCACGUGCAGGCGACGUUUGACUUGAUCGCCAAGGAGGCCGAGGCGCUGCUGGCCAAGGCAUAG